AUGGGUGUAAUAGCUGAAACUGAAAAUGUACGCCCAAAAAACCUUGGAGUUCGUCACGCUCAAACAUUUCUAUGCUUCCUUGCUAUGACUCUUGCAUACAGCAUGCGAGUAAACAUAAGUAUGGCAAUAGUAGAUAUGACUGAUGUAACUAAAGAUGACCACUUUGACUGGAGCUACAGCGUGCAAUCCACGAUUUUAUCUUCAUUCUUCUGGGGCUAUGUCAUGCUCAUGUUACCAUCUGGAGAGCUGGCAAAACGCUUCGGUGGAAAAGUUCUUAUUACAAUCUCGAUUUCGGUUAAUUCACUUAUGUCGCUGUUGCUGCCUACUGGCGCCUAUUUGGGAGGCUGGCAGUUUGUAUGCGCUUGUCGCGUUCUUCAGGGAAUGACACAAGCUUUCCUUUUCCCAUCAAUGCAUCAUCUAGUCAGUCAGUGGAUACCCUUAGAAGAAAAAGGUCGCUUGAGUGGUAUAAUCUAUGGUGGAACUCAACUUGGCGUUGCACUUCAGCUUAUUGUGUCAGGAUUUUUAGCAUCUGCUUGGGGAUGGAAAUCGAUAUUUUAUACGAACGGUAUUCUUGGAGCUUUAUGGACGGCUGCAUAUUUGAUAUUUGGAUCAGCAUCACCCGAACAAUCGAAACGAAUUUCACAAGAAGAAUUAAAAUAUAUUCAGACGUCCUUGGGGCGAGUUGGAAAGCAAAAGAAACACCCCACGCCAUGGAUGAAGAUCAUCACGUGUUUUCCAUUUUGGGCGACAGUGGUAGCUCACUGUGGACAAAAUUGGGGCUUCUUUACGUUGAUGACGGAGAUGCCAACGUACAUGGCUAAAGUUUUGGGCGUGGAUUUAAAACGAAAUGGUGUUUUUUCUUCUCUUCCGUACUUAUCAAUGUACCUGCUGAGUUACCCAUUCGGUGCAACGACAGACCUCAUUAUCAGGCGUCAUUGGGGCCCUGCUCUGGCCUUAAUCGGAUUAUCUUACGCGCCAGAAGGUAACAUGGUUUUUGCGGUAGCAAUGUUAACAGUCACCGUUGGCAUUAACGCUGGUCACUUUUCUGGAUAUAUGUUAACACUAAUUGAUCUCGCACCAAACUUCAGUUCAUCGUUGAUGGCUAUCUCGAAUUUCUUUUCCAAUAUCACAUCUUUAAUUGCACCGUUGGUUUGCGGUAUUAUUAUACAGGAUGAGACCGAUCCAAUGGAGUGGCGAAAAGUUUUCUUCUUAGCCUCAGCUAUAUACUUCUGCACCAAUUUAUGUUACAUUCUGUUUACUACGUCAAAUCAACAACCAUGGAAUAAACCAGAAGAAAACGACUCUGGUUAG